CUCAACUUUAACUUCUGGUGGGGAAUCGGGAUGCACUGAUAGGGAAUCCCUAUCAGUGCAUCCCCCAAUAAUAUUAGGAUGCCAGGAAUCAGGAUGACUCCGGUGAGACUAUUACGUUCAUACCUGUGUUCGUUGUUCGUCCGUAUUUUCUUCAGUGCGCAGUAGCUGUACUUCUGCUGGAUAAUCAUGUCAAUAAUUGCUCGUUUAUAUGUGUUUCGACACGGAGAGACCGAUUGGAACCGCUCGAGAAUUAUCCAAGGUCAUGCUGAUUCCCAGCUCAACGAUCUAGGGGAAGCACAAGCCGCUAUGACUGGAGAGGCGUUCAAGGCAAUACAUUUCGACAAGGCUUUCACGAGCGACCUUUCAAGGGCAUCCAAGACGGCAGAGAUAAUUCUGCAGCAUCACGUCGAUGUUACCUUGGUAAAAGACCAAGCUCUGAGAGAGAGGUUUUUGGGGAAGUUGCAAGGAACCAAAGGACCAGCAAACAAAAGCGAACCUUCCAUUGAACCUGAGGAAGCCAUGGUUGGGCGGUGCCUCGAGUGGUAUAAUCGGGAGAUUGUUCCCUACAUCUCAUCGCUUGCCGACAAACCCGACGGACGGUGUCGAAACAUUCUGGUUACGUCGCAUGGAUGGCUCAUAGAAUCAUUUUUCAAGUCCAUGAUAGCGACCGGGGUGUUUGAGUGCACCGAAGAUCUGUUGGGAGGCACACCAAGACUACCUAAUGCUGGUUUAUCAUUGGUGGAAUACAGCACGGUUGGAUCUGAGCUGGAACAGAGGUUUAGGUCUACUGUUGUUCAGUAUGGAGAUGCCUCGCACUUACGCGGGAUGCAAACCAUGCAAGAGAAUGCGGAUCUAGGUGCCCUUCCGUCGUGAUUACAUUCACAUUACACGUUAUUUUCCAUAGACCUGUUAUACCAACUUAGAUGAUAGACUCGCUGAAAUCCGAAUUAUCUUUGCCCCAA